CCCAAAUAGGACGAAAUGUCCGUCCUGGAUUCCACUGCUAGGCACCAUCCACCAGUUAACUUCUACUAUUGUUAAAGUUAUUAAUUUGAUGAGUACUAUUCAUAUAUAUUUUAAAUAAUCAUACGAGGAAGUGGUUUGCGGCCACACACAUAUAUAUACGGAUAGAUAGACAGACAAAUAGACAGACAAAAUUAUAUGAGUUAGGUCAGAGAAUAUUGAAAAUAUGGGGUGAGCUUUGAACCAGAUAAGGUCGUUCAAUAUGAGGACUGUUAAAUAUUAUAUGAUGGUGGCAAUAAUAAUAAUCACAAUCAUAACAAUGAAAUCAGCCAGAGUAGCACGAUAAAUUUUCAAGUGUUGAUGAGCGAUCAGAGUUUGUAGUGCAUUUAGAACUAAAAAUAAACAUAAGCGCAGUAACGAAUCAUAUGUGAUCAAUGCCGGGGUGUUGAGUAGAAUUAUGUAUUAUUGAGGAAUAUUUAAAUACUCUUGCAUAGCUUAACAAACCUGAGGACUGGUCACUGUUCGUCCCUGUCAACAUUAUUAAUUAGAAGCUGAAGAAUUUGAUACAAAUGAAAGAUCGACUAUUAUGCAUUGGAGAAGGGUCAGUAUGAAGAUGACGAUGCUUUUCAACAUGACAUUAAUGUAUUUCUAUGAUCAAAAUAAUUAAUAAUUUACAAUACAGCGAGAUUUCCAUGCAUUUAAUGGACAUAACAUCAUCGUUGAAUUUUAUGCUACUUUUUCUCUGGAUAAUUAUUCUACUCCCAGAAUCAGUGUAUACACAGGAUAUGAGUAAAAUUAUGAUUGAUGAAAAGACAGGAUACUUUAUGGAUUCACGUGGUUAUGUUAAACUAUUCCAUGGUAUUAAUAGUGUGCCUAAAUAUCCACCGCAUUAUUUUCCAUCCUUACUCAAUGCAUCAACACUGAGAGCAUUCCGUGAUUGGGGAAUUAAUGUUAUCCGCUUAGAAUUUAGUUGGUUAGCUCUGAAACCAUCUGAACAAAACACAAAUUAUGAAUACUUGCAGAUUGUGCGCAAAAUUAUUGACAACGCUGAAGAGAAUGGAAUAUAUGUGAUAUUAGAUUUUCAUCAAGACGGUUUGUCAGAGCGUAUUGGUGCAAUUGAUUCUGUACCGAAUUGGUUUAUGGAUAAAUUACCAAGACCACCGAAAUUAUUUCAAUAUCCUUGGCCGUUAUCAAUUCAGCCAAACAAUCCAUUGUGGUUUUUAACUUAUUUCACAUAUGAAAGUGCUUAUACAUUUGGUAAUAUUUAUAAAAAUGUUUCAGGAGUAUGGAAUGAUUUAGGAGAGUUUUGGAGAAUAGCAGCUGAAAAUUUUGGAAUGAAAGCUAAUCUUUUAGGUUAUAAUCUGAUCAAUGAACCACCUCCUGGAAAUUUUUAUGCAAAUCCAUUCCUAUUAAUGCCUUAUAAUUCAGGUCAUCAAUUACUGGCACUAUAUGACUAUUUAAUUAAAAUUAUCCGUGAAAAGGAUGAAAAUUCGCUGAUAUUUUUUGAUCCUAUAACUUACGCAAUAUAUUUUCCACAAGUCAAUGGAAUAUCUGGUACGGGUAUGCAUCGGCUACCAGGAUCUUUAGAGGAUGAGUCAGCUGCAAAAAAGACUGUUUUAUCUUAUCAUUAUUACUGUUGGUUAUUACAAUCGCAACAACCUGAAGAGGACGUACCUUCGUGGAAACGAUUUAUCUGUGACAAUGUUAUUUUGCCAUAUGUGCUAAACAAUGUUAAAAAUAUCACCAAAACUACAGGAGGUGGAAGAUUUUUAACAGAAUUUGGUCUUUGCUUUCCUGAUGAUAACCCAAAAUCAAUAAAUACUGUGGAAUUUAACGCUGUACUGAAUGCAGCUGAUGAACAUUUUGAGUCAUGGACGUAUUGGGAUGAUUAUAAUGUAUUUCCUAGAGUCACUCUUUAUGAUACUCAACUUAGAUCAUUUAGUCGUGCUUAUCCGCAAUCAACAGCUGGUCAACCGAUACGAUUGAAUUUCAAUGUGCAGACAAGUGAAUUCUAUUAUACAUUUAUGCUGACACAUAAAUGUAAAAGUAAUCAGAAAUUGUUGUUAAUCGCAGAAAUCUAUGUACCAUUACAGACACAUUAUCCAGCUGGAAUGAAUGUCACUUUUAUACCCAAUGAAUUAUACUAUGUAAUGAAUAAGGCGAAUACAAAUCUAAUGUCUGUUUAUGCACCAUGCACACUCAUUCGUAAUAAUAAUAAUAAUAAUGAUAAUAAUAAUAAUGAUAAUAAUAAUGAUAAUAAUAAUAAUAGUGAUUUACAAGUUGAAAUAAGCAUUACACCAUUUCAUUCGUCUAGUAGUAAUGAGAACUCCGGUAACAUAAUAUCCUAUUCAACUUUAAUACAAAUUUUAUUAAUUAUUAAAUGUUUAUUGUUAGCGUCUAUCUGAGAUUUUCUGUUUUGUCUGUU